AGGAGUCCAGGACACGAACCCAACGGCUUGCUGCAACCAUCGACACGGCUUACUGCUAUUUAUUCCGGUGUCUCCAGAUCUUGGAGUAUACUUGUUGACAUCAUACUAUAGCUUCAGAGCUCUCUGUUCAUCUUUUCUUCGACUAACCUUUUCCCAAGCUGUUGUACGUUAUCUUGAUCCGUUUUAUUCGAUCAAGAUCGAUCAGCGAGCAAGCUACCUGGCUUCUUUUCCUUUGAUACAUCUCCACGUAUUUUUCCUGGUUGGAGUUACCUUUUGUUUGAAAGGUCUAUAGUUUCGAUUAGUUCAUCAGCUUUGUUGAUCUAGUUAAUACAGUGCUCAGGUCCUGCUUCAUAGUUCAUUCAAGUCCCAUAAACUUGUACCUAGAUCUCCUGAUUCUUGGCCCUCCCAACAAAAAGAAAAAGCGUCUCUUGUUCCUUUCUUCUGUUCUGCAGUUUCUUCUGCUCCCUAGCUCUUAGAUCCGAGUGCUUCGGCGAAAUCACCUUCGUCAAUGGCUUGCAAGCCGUAUCACAGCAACUUCUCCACCCACCACAUUACGAAGACACCGUCAUUUCCACGACCGCCGGCGCCACCCCAGCCUCCGCUCCUGCCACUGCCGGCGCAGGCGCCCUCGCCGCAGUACUCCUCCUGGCCGGCGAGUCGACCGUCUCCGCGUGCCAAGAAGCCGCGCUGCUACGACGACGCGCCCGGGGCCUCGGCGCCGAUCUCCGUCGCGGCGCCGUCCAGGAAGAGGGUGGCGCCGGCGACUGUACGGGAGGAGGUGGGGGAGUGGACGGGGACGGACUCGCUGUACUCGGUGUCGCCGCCGCCGAGCAGCGUGCCGAUGCCGACGUCCCUGCUGGUCACGGUCACGGCAGCGAGGAAGGCGCCGACAGCGUGCGCUGAGGAGGUGACCGGCGCCGGCGGUGGCGUGGAUGUCGGCGCUACUGACGAGCUCCGGCGGCUGCUCCGGCUUUAGCUGCUGAGCUACGAUAAUGGCAAUAAGAUGUGAUCUGUGUUCGGUUUCUGUUACUGCUGGCGCAUGCAAUGGCAAAGCUAGCGAGCUGCGUUCAUGGGUAGUUUUAACAUGCCUGAGAUAACAAAGCAUGAUGAGGUCGUCCCCAAGUUGUAGUAGUUUGUUAAUUAAUCCUGUAUGUUCCAUGUGUUUGUGUUACGAACCAUGCGUGAUUAUGUACUAUGAGAAAUGAGAUUAUGGCAGCUUGCUUCUGCCGUCUCUGCUUUUGAAAAUUGUUCAUCGUUGCUUCGUUGGGCUGAACC